AAUGGCUUUUCCACUGAGCAGCUGGCUGGCAUCAGGACAGGACAGGCCGCUCACAGGAAGGAUACCUGGAGGACGCCUCAUACCCCGACUCCUUGUAGGACGCUGAGGGUGACUUCCAGGAGGUGUUCAUGGGAUGCACUAUCUACGCAGCCAGCCCUAAGGCCCUGCCUGCUGACGAGGCCCGAGGCCAGGACCGUUACUGCCAGCUGCCCCCCUACAGCCACGCUUAUGGGAACUGCAGUCAGAGGAUAGCAGCCUGCAGAGCCAGGGCCAGGAGCAUGACUGAGCAGCAGGAGCAGGGUGAAGUAACAGGCCUCUUCUCAACGCCAGACCUGGAUCCCUCCAAAGACGAUGACACGCACGGCCACUUCAGGUUUCACCUGAUUGAAGAUUUGUCCUACGAAGAUGUGAAGAAAUGUUACAGAGGCUCGUGUGUAUCUUGCAGUGGCUUGCUCCAGGCCUUGGAUGUGCGCGAAUGUGUGUGUGAGUACGGUGCCAACGUGCUGAGCCUGGUGCAGAACUCGCGUCCUCUGAGGGAGAGGGUUGUUUCUGCGUUGAGUGGAGCCGGAGUGGCUGGAGGAGCUGGUGUGGCUGGCGCUGUGCAGGCAGGCCGCUCUACCAAGGAGCUGCUCAUGACUCUGCCCUGUCCCUCUGCACAGACUGUCAGCAAGUACAACUCGCAGUACCACAAACUGUUCCCAUGUGUGCCCAUGGAUGAGAUCCUCAUGAAAGUGUACUCCUGUGCUCUUCUCAGAGAUAUCCUUCUGCAAGGCCGCCUUUACAUUUCUAGAAACUGGUUGUGUUUCUACGCCAACCUCUUUGGGAAGGAUAUCAAGGUGGCUAUUCCUGUCAUUUCUGUGAGGCUUGUGAAAAAGCACAAGACAGCCGGCCUCGUGCCCAAUGGCUUGGCAAUCACAACAGACACCAACCAGAAGUAUGUAUUUGUCUCUCUGCUAUCAAGAGACAGUGUGUAUGAUGUCCUUCGCAGAAUCUGCACACACCUGCAGGUCAACGGGAAGAGUCUGAGUUUGAAACAGUUCAUGGAGGAGCCGACUUUAUCCCUGGAUGAGUUCCCAACUCCAGACGAGUUCCCAGUUGUUGAUGAAUUCCCAUCAGUGUUGAAGUGGAGAAGGAAACCCUCGGUUGUGUCUGUGUCUUCCUCCCUUCCCGACCUCCUGGGGAACUCCACUGGGGGUCUGGGAGCUGCAGACACACCCUACAAGAGCGAGCAGCCGCUGGAAGAUCGAGGUCUGCAGACAGAUCGAGGUCUUUUAUCAGAGCCAGUGGCAGAGUUGGGCCAAAUGGAGUACCAGCUGCUUAAGUUCUUCACCCUGCUCAUCCUCCUCCUCAUCCUUUCAUCCUGCUAUCUGGCCUUUCGUGUUUGCAGUCUGGAACAGCAGCUUUCGUUCCUCAGUAACCCAAAUCUCCCCCUGAGAGAGAGGUAGCCACCAGCUCCCUAGUUUAAACCACCAAACUAAUUCUCGUUGCCUCACCAUGCUCGGCCCUCCUGAGCAGAUCUAGGACCAGCUUAGAGCUCAGAGCAGACCGACUCCUUUCCACGAAGCAGCAGCAGCACAAGGAGGAGCUGCGUCCUCAAGACGCCAGGCAGCAAAGGAACCGUCCCGCUGAGGAUGGAGUUCUGAUCUCUGAUCACUUCCAGACUAUGCAAGCAGAUUGAUUAUUUCUGAGUAGGAAGUAGAUUUCAUUUUAGAAUCGGAUCGUGUGCACUCAUCUUAGACACGUCACAUUUAACCACACCGUGUCUCAGCGUAAGGAGAAACAGAGAAGCUGGGUUUUCCCGUUUGAGGCUCUGGUGACGAUCAGAUGGGUGAUGGAGGUUAGUGGUUGGUGACGGAGGAGAGAUAAUGAAGACACUUGAAAAGUCACCUAUGUUUUUACCCAUUCAUAACAUAUUUGACUGACUGAGUUUAUUUCAUGUUUUUAGAGGGAAUAUUUAAACUAGCUAAUGAUGCACUUUUUAAGUUCAAUCCUUUUGGAUGGAGAGCCUGAGUCUCCUCCCCUUCCGGUCGGCUCAUGGGUCUCCAGAAAAACUAAAACAUGAAAGCAAGCGGGGCUAAAAGAGCUAUUUUCUAAUCCGCUUAGCCUUACGCCCUGAAUCACACAUAUGUUAUACUUCCAUUCAAAUGAAAAGUAACAAAGUGUGAUUUGACCACACCAGUCACGUACUUUAAGAUUCAUCAGCUUGUAUUAUUACGACUACAAACCAGAUGUCGGUACGUCGCAUAUAUGACGUCACCACAGAAUCUCCUCUACCCUAGCGUAGCUGCUACUUACCACAUGGUCGGAUCUGUGGUGGUUCCCUCCUGAACGUAGGAUUUGAAGUUCGUUGAACUUGCAGCCAUUUUCUCUCUGUUUUUCUCCCUGUCUGGUUUGAUGGCGUCAAUUUUCGUGAAGCGCAUUUGUAGUCCUGGACUUAUUUUCAUACAAAACCUAAAAUAAUGUUUCCCCCGUUAGAAAAUAAGUGCUUUCUUGGCAUCAAAAUGCAUCUUUAAAAUUCACGGACAUCAAAUGUGAAAUCCGUAGCACGUAACGAGCAGAAUUAGAUAGUAGUACCAUUGACUUGCAUUCAUUUUUUCAUUCUUCCGGGGACCCGUGGCCCAGAAGUAGAUGGGCGUGACUUAGAUGGAACAUGAAAGAUUUUUUAAAGGUACUCGACUGAAGGUAUUUAUGGAGGGGCAUAGAUGUUUUAUGACAUCAAAUGGAGUAAAAUAUCUCCUGAGGGCUAGUGUUAUAAAAGGAGUGAGAAUGAUUAGAUCUUAGACGUAUAUAUUUUUAUUUUUCUGUCUAAGUGUUUUCAACAUCUCACAUGAAGAUUUAGACCCCCUUAACUUCAAAGAAUGUUUAGAGUGUUUUGAGUCGUCUGACGAUGUUUAAUCUGGAUGAUAUUUGUUCAUGCAAUUAGAUUUCAUUAAAUGGAAAUUCAGUCAAACUAACAUUAGUUUGUUUACAAGCCUCUCACAUGACAGCAGUGAUUGUCAGCAUGUAGAUUUUAACCGUGGACCGGGAAUUUGAACUGUCUUAUUUUAAACAGGAAGUGUUCACUGCAGUACUCAAAGAUACUAAAAUAAAUUUAUUCUGACAUAUUAUUAAA